CGACUGUCAUCUGCCGCCCCGGGUGUUCAAGAAGUCCCAUAGACUCGGUUCAGAUCAUUGAAGGUCGAGGUUGAAAGACGCGGAUGUCGGAGACGUGUCACCGAAACUCUCCAGUGUUGAUGGUGUCGCCUUGUCUCCACACACACAGAGCAACAAGAGACUCGGCUACAGUUUGAGUUCAGUGUCGGAAUGUUGCGUGACAGGCUGAGCUGCUUCGACGGGUCGAUUCGUCGUCUGUGUUGGUCGACGGGGCGUAAACUCACUGCACGAGGCGUCGGGCUGCCACAGUUAUGAAUCUGUAAUGUUGUCUGUAAGCUGGACUGUAAUGUUGUCGCAGUGUCGGCUGCCAACAUGCUGUCUGAAGGAGGAUCUUUCAUGAAGGGGGUGGUCAUGGGAGGCCUCUUCUGCUUAGUGUUGUCGCUUCUGGGUAGUUUCAGCCCCGGCACAAAGUCCAGUACAGAGGACCACCAUCAUCAUCACGUCAAGGCCCCGAGCAAAGACGAGCUGAAUCAUCUCUCCAACUCUGAGGUGCAGGCGUCGAGCAAACAAAUACAGGUUUAUUGUGUCAUCAUGGUCCAGCCCAAGAUCCUUCCCUUCUGGGCGGCAGCAUUGGACACCUGGAGCAAACAUUGUGACGAGGCCGUGUUCUACACCUCAGAGUCCUCUAAGGCGCUCGAUGCCGUAGACCUGAAUGAAAAAGAUGAGUGGGCGAGGUUACGUAAAGCUCUGAAGCAUGCUUAUGAGAACGCUGGAGACCUGCGCUGGUUCUUUGUGGCACAAGCCACCACGUUUGCCAUCAUUGAGAACCUCAAAUACCUGGUGCUCACAAAGGAUCCCAGUGAGCCCUUCUACCUGGGCAACGUCAUGAAGUCAGGCGAGCUCGAGUAUGUGGCGUAUGAUAGUGGCAUUGUUUUAAGCUAUGAAGCUCUUAAAAGGCUGGUGCAUGUGUUCCAGGACGAAGAACAAUGUCCAGAGAGAGGAAGAGCCCUGUGGAAGUUGAGUGAGGAGAAGCAGCUGGCAGUGUGUCUCAAAUACAAAGGUGUGUUUGCAGAGAACGGAGAAGACGCACAUGGAAAGGGCCUGUUCAACAGCAAGACUGUCUACAACCUGAUAUCAGACAGCAUGAAGGAAAACCCCAAUAAUGUGGUGGAGGGCUGCUGCUCCGAUGUGGCAGUCACAUUCAGCGGGAUGUCACCAAAUCAGAUGCAAGUUAUGAUGUUCGGAGUUUACAGACUCCGUCCGUACGGGCACGAUUUUCAUGACGCGUUAGCAUUUUACCCUCCUGAAGGUUCGGACAAUGAUUAGAGACUCAUUCCUUGCAACUGGAUGUGGCAUUUUAAUUAUAAUUUUUUCUGUCAUCUAUGAUGGCAAAACUACAUUUGGGGAGAUGGUUUUCUAAUGCUGUUGGUAAAACUUGAUUCUGAGUGGAAACAAUUUUAUGUAUAUUUGUACCUUUUGCACAUGGCACAAUCAGCCCCUUUUUUCUUUGUGGUGGAGGAAAACCUCAGUGAAUGGAUGUGUCGUUCUUUUGAAUGAAGAUAGAACUGAGAAAUGUUUCAAAGUUGUGAUAUGAGAUCAUCUGGAUGUUUUGGUUAUUGUAAUAUUGUUCUGAGUCUAAAAUGUUUGUCUUUCUGUCAUGUUUAAGCUGCGUUAGUUAUUAAAUGACUACACUGUAUUGAAAUUGUUUAUCAAAGUGCUUGACUCUAUAUUAUGAAUUACAAUCUCAGAGAAAACUUCUCCAAACUUUAAACAUUGUACUGAAACAUCAAUAUUAACUUGGACGUGUCAGAGCCCUGCCCAGUUGAUAAUGAAGUGGGUUUUUUGCGUGAUAUGUUUGGUUAUAUCCACAUAUGAAGGAACUUCACAGCUAAAUUUAUCAGUAAGUACAUUUAUAAGAAAGAAAAGUAAUUAAGAAAAAAAAAGGGGUGGUGUCACUUUUCCACUGACAUUUUUUGAACAGGUGAUUUUGGACUGACCGUGACUUUAUUUUAAAUAGUAAAAUAAAAUAAAAUGAAUCUAAUUAA